UUUUAUUUGUUUUUUACUUUUUUUUCGCCUUGUGCAAAAACAUAGGCACUAUUUAGCCAUGGAGAUUUGUUUUUCUUCUCUCUCCUCUCUCUGUCUCGUUUGCUUUUCCUCUCUUGGUAUCACAGUCCCUCUGUGAGAACCUCAUGAGGCUUUUCCAUGGCGGCCCUCUUAGGGUUUAAUUUGCAAAGCCUCAAUUUUUUGCUUCAGUUUUCAAGCUAAGGUUGUGAGAGCAAAGCAUCUUAAAAUGGUUUCUGCUGUAAAAUCAAGAUAUCAGAGAUCCAAGAAUUACUAACAUAGGAGACCUGAACCAUGCAUGGAAAAAGAAAUGGAAGUGCGUCCUGCUUUCUCCAUACGAAGUUCUAACACAAUGCAGCAUAAUUCUUCUCUGGGAAUGCCGCAAGGUCCUUCUUCAUCUUUACCAUGUUUGUCAGCACCAUUGGAGGAUCGUCAACCUAAAUUUCCAAGUACCCAACAAGCUGGCAUGGGAAAAGAACUGAGACCCAGUACUGUCGGCCCACUUACCGGCCCCGUGGCCUCUAACAAUGGUGUUGUGGGCCCUAUUUUUUCGACCGGUUCAGCAUUUUCUAAUGAUCUCCAUUUCUCUUCUUCCAUUUCACAACGUCAAGGACAUUCUUCAUCAUCCCCGUUUAUCUCUCAAGCAUCAAGUAACUUCAUCUCUCAAGAAUCAAGUAACUUUAUCUCUCAAGCAUCAAGUAAUUCCACUUCACUUUCUUUAUUACAUUCAUCCCAAUCAGGGGAUAUAUUUCAGCCAGUGGCUUCUGACUUUACAAAAGAAAGCAAUGAUGUCUCCUGGUCUUCUGACCCACUUCAAGGUUUUCUUGAUUUUCCUGACAAUGUUGGUGAAUCUAGCCAACAUAAUGGUAUGGAUGGGGAUGAUCAAACCAGGAGAACUGACUGGGGAGCAUGGACAGAUCAGUUAAUUGGUGAUGAUGAAACUUUGCCUGCUGGUUGGAGUGAUCUUCUUCUUGAUACCAAUGCUGCUGAUCCGCAACCCAAGCCUUUUUGUCAGACACCUAAACUGUCUUCAGAUUUCAAGGUGCAACAGGGGCCUCUUCCUCAGCUGGCUCCUGCUCUUUCUGGAGAGUUUUGCUCUGUCUCUUCUCCUUCCUCUGGAAAUGGUGGCACUAACAAGGCUCGCAUGAGAUGGACACCAGAGCUCCAUGAGUGUUUUGUGGAAGCUGUUAACCAGCUUGGUGGCAGUGAAAGGGCCACUCCGAAAGGUGUAUUAAAGCUCAUGAAAGUUGAAGGCUUGACUAUCUACCAUGUGAAAAGUCACUUGCAGAAGUAUCGAACUGCUAGGUAUAGGCCAGACAUAUCAGAAGGCAAUGCAGAGAAAAAGAUGACCAGGCUUGACGACAUUUCAACUCUGGACCUCAAAACAGGUAUUGAGAUUACAGAGGCAUUGCGGCUGCAAAUGGAGGUCCAGAAGCGGCUGCAUGAACAACUUGAGAUUCAGCGAAAUCUUCAGUUACGAAUUGAAGAGCAAGGUCGGUACCUUCAGAUGAUGUUUGAGAAGCAAAGCAAGGGGGGGGUUGACAAGCUCAAGGCACAGAUUGCCUCAGAAAGCGACCCAUCGGUCCCUUCUGAUUCAACUCUUUCUCUGUCUAAAACUGAUUUCUCUGCAAAAGAGUCAGUAGAGAGGAACAAUGCCACAAUCACUUUGGAAGAGCCCCAUGUGAAUACCCAAUCUGACAGUGGGUCCCAAUACCCCCCAGCCAAACGUCUGAAAAGUGGGGAUCCCAGCUCCUCAAUUUCUGAAUAGGAUCAUACGUGUCAUUCACGUGAGCACUGAAAAUUAUCAAAAUGCCCCAUUUGCUGGAUUUUCUACAAGUUGCAUAGAAGAAUUACCCUGCCUGCCUGAACUUGGAGUUGAUUGAAGACCUCUAACCAUGCUGCUUCUCGGGUUAUGUGGUGAGGGAAAUCACCAUCUUCCUCUCUGUUUUUUUUUUUAAUUUAAUUUCUUGCUUUACAUUGGAGAUAUAAAAUAUGCCUUUUGCAUUUGUAUUUCGGUUGUUCAUUCUUCCAAUUGAAUGGGGAGAUUGGAAGAAACAACGGAGAUUAUCCCGAGGGUAAGAAAAGAAAAAGUGUCGAAAAACUGGAAAAUGCUUGGAGCUAUAAAGAGUUGUGGAUCAUGGAGCUGUUAAGCUUGUGAACAUUUUACUGGUUUUAUUUAUCAAAAAAAAGAAAAGAAAAGGUUCUCCUUUUACUUCAUUUGGAACUGUAAAGAGUUGUUAUAGGAUUUUGUGUCUCAGGGGCAGCUUUGUAGCUUUGCAAUGAAAUAAGUGUUUUAAGGUCA